AUGUGGGCGAAAGUCCCUCCAUCAGGGAGAAGUUCUUCAGGAGCCGACCCUGAGAGGAAUCCCGACUCGAAUGGGCUUUCUGUCAGUGAGGAGAAGAUAAAGCAGCAGCAGCUUCCUCUUGCUGCUGAGGGUCAGAGAGUCCUUCAGGGGGAGCUGCAGUCUCACCCAAACCAACCUAACCACCAACAUCCACACAUCCACAGCGCGGCCCAAGAGCAGCUCUUACAGCUGCAGGUGAAGCAGCUCAAGAAAGCUCUUUCUGAACAGAAUGCACUGCUGAACUUCCUGAGCCCAGGAUUAAUUCUGCCCCCAGCUUUCUUAACCCAGUACCAGGCAUAUUCACUCGCACAGCGUCCUCUAACAGAUCCAGUGUCUCACGCAGGUGAUGUGGUGGAUUGCAGGAAGUGUGUUUCCAACACUGUGAUUAUCAGAUCUGGAGUGGAGCAGGAAGUCCCAGCUUGUGGUCCUCAGAUAACGCAGUGCACUGACAACAUGUCUCUACAGAGGGUUGAGACAGAGCAGAGACGUUUAACUCCUAUAAAGGAGGAAUCAUGUGAGCCGGGGGAGGAAGCAUGCACGGUCAGUCCUUUUGGAGUCAGGAACAAAGUCCCAGCCAAUCCAGAGGAAAGGCCUAUUCGCCCCGGACUCAGAGCGAUAGAGAAGACUUUUGAAGAUUUUGUUGAAGAGCAGCUUGAGUUGGAUAUGGAGGGUCUAAAAAAGGAUAAGCAGCUCAGAAUAGCAGAGAAAAGGAAUUUCCUGCGUAAAGGUGAUGGAAGAUCAAGAAUCAGUAAAAAUAAAGACACCUUCCAUAAAAUCCAUCCAGCCUCCAAAAACACAAAGUCUAAACCACCUCAAAGACCCUCAACACCAUCUCUUGUCCAGCACAGUCACAAUGCACAGAUAAACAGUCUUCUUCAUACUCAACAAAACGAUGGCCCAGCUCUGAAGAAUCUAUCCUUAAUGAGAAAAGAUAAUGCAAAGUACUCUGGCCAGAGAUUUGGCCAGGAGAACCUACUGAGGAACAAUGUUCCUCCACAUGAUGGCAAGUCUCUAGUUUUGAAUCACAGUAAACAUUCCUCUCAAAACAAUGAGGGACAUUCUAAGCAGCCAAUCACAGUUACCAAUACAAGCAGUACCAAUUGCCCAAUGGUUUCUGGUAGUAAUGUUGCUCAGAAGAUCCAUCUUCUCGAAAAACGAAGUGGUUUCAAAAAGGUAAAUGAUCGCAUUGUUCGAGUGUGUGACCUGGGCCAAGCAAACACCAAGACGCUAAGCUUGACUACGGAAAUAAAGCAGCUUCUUCUCCGUAGCACCUCUGGAGAAAAUGCUGGUGCUAUGGAAGAUCUCAAAAAUCCAAUGCCUGCUUUUAAUCUCAUAAAAAUGAACUCUGAUCACCAGAUGGAUCUAUCUGAUGAGGACUACGCCAGUGACGCUCCUAGUGACGUUGGUCCAAGUGACUGUACACAAUCCCUGCAUUGCUUCUUAGCUCAACUUUCCAGUUCAUCUGAAUCUGACGAUGGAAGUGACUAUGAGAUACAGCAGCUCGGCUGGUCUGAACCUCACAAACCCUCAGGAACUCUAAAAGAGACCAGCGGUGAGGCUACACCUCCCUGUGCCAGCAGCUUGGACCUUCUCGCUAGGAUUUUCCCUCAAGUUAAAUGCGAAGGAAAAAACAAAAUGGACAACAUGAUCAGGGAGAAAGACUUGAAAACUCAGCACUCAGUGAAUGGAAGUCAACCAGUAAAACCAGUAAAGAAAGUGAGCAAUGACCUGAUGAUGGACAAGAUGAAAACAGAACAGGAUAAAGCGCUGAAUUUCAUCAGGUCUGAAAUGGAGCGCUUAACUAAUAAUGACAAAGACAACCCGCAAAGCUUCAGAUCUUCAGACCGCACAUGUCAGGAUGCCGCAGUGCACCUUAAUGGGACUGAGGAUCUCAGAGACCAAAUCCAGUUUCUGAAAGAGCAGCUGAAGAGACGGGAGUGUGAGUGGUGGCAGGCUCACAGUGAGCUGCAGAGUCGGGUCGACGCCCUGACCAGAGAGAACCGGGUGCUGAUGAGUCGCCGCGUCGUUCAGGUCAGACCUCAGAGCUCGGGCAGAUCCACUCCUCAUCCUGACACUCAAAACCUGACAAGGACUGACUCCGUCAGCGAUUCCCAGGAAAAGACCAAACAGAAGAUUUCAUCUGCGAGACGAGACUCGUCAAAUUCAAGGACUUCCUUGGGAUCCCAGAGUCCAGAGGACAGGGACACGAUCCCAUACAGUGAGUGUGGAGAAAAGUGUGUUCAGGACUUAGGGAGGUCUGUGGAGAAACAGAUCCGGGUCGAAAGCAGGAACUCAGUGGCAAAAGGAUUGCAGAGUACAGCGAAAUCUGGGAAAUCUGUAUCUUCUGAGUCUGAUUAUGGAUCAACAGACAUGACUGAGGAUUUGCUCAAUUCUGAGAUGAAGCAUAAUGUCACUCAAGUUGUAGUGAGGGAGGAAACUCGUUAUCCAGAUGGUAAGGUAGAACAACUCCUGUCCGAUGGGUCACGUGUUAUUGUUUUUUGUAAUGGAACUAGAAAGGAGAUUGGAGCAGAUCAGAAAUCAAUCACGGUCACAUUUUUCAACGGAGAUGUCAAACGUAUUCUGGCUGAUGGGACCAUGGUCUACUAUUAUUGUGAUGCUCAGACGACUCACUCCACUUACCCGUCUGGCUUGGAGGUUCUGCAGUUUCCAAAUAAGCAACAAGAGAAGCGCCAUCCUGAUGGUACACGCGAAAUCCUUUUCCCCGACGGUACUGCCAAGACCAUGUAUCCUGAUGGCCGACAGGAAAGCCUCUUUCCUGAUGGAACUGUUGUCAAGUUAUUAAAAAAUGGAGAGAAAACAGUGGAGUUCACAAACGGCCAGCGUGAGAUCCACACGCCGCAGUACAAGCAGAGGAUUUACCCUGAUGGAACUGUUAAAACUGUCUACUUAAAUGGAAGGCAAGAGACGAAAUACUCAUCCGGAAGGAUUCACAUUAAGAACGAUGAAGACAUGAUGAUGAUGAACAGAAAGUGAAGGAAGUCUCAACGGGAAAGCCUUUGCCUAUUUUUAUACAAGAAGCGUGACAUGUACAGUAAAUCUCCAGAAACAUUGCAUUCUUCAAGAGAAUGAGAGGACCAUGAGUAAUGAACUAUAAUACCAUGAUAAUAAUAUUUCUUUAUUCAGUUCCAUAUUCCUGAUUCUCUUAAAAAUGUAUGUGGCAGAAAU